UUUUUUUCGCAAAUUUUAUGAAAAUGGCUGAAGAACCAGAUUUGUAUCCUUUACAUAGAGCUGUUUUUGAAGACGACAAAAAGACUUUAUCCAGAUUAUUAAGGAAACACGAUAUUACAGAAAAAGAUAAACAUGGUAAUACAGCUCUACAUUUGGCAGUUAUGUUGGGAAGAAAAGAUUGUGUACAACUUUUAUUAAAACAUGAUGCCCCAGUCAAAGUAAAAAACGGUUUGGGUUGGACAGUUUUAGCUGAAGCUGUUAGCUAUGGAAACAGACCUACAAUAUCAUCUUUGGUGAGAAAAUUUCGUCAACAGUCGAGAGAACAAAUGGAAGUGCGCCGACCAAAUUUGGUGGAGGCGCUCAACAGAAUAGAAGAUUUUUACAUGGAGCUAAAGUGGGACUUUCAAUCUUGGGUACCUUUGGUAUCGAGAAUACUGCCUUCAGAUAUUUGUAAGAUAUACAAAAAGGGGGCUAAUAUCAGAUUGGACACAACCUUGGUGGAUUUUUCCGAUAUGAGAUGGGAAAGGGGGGACAUUUCUUUUAUUUUUAACGGCAACUCCGAACCCAAUGAAAGCUUGACCGUUUUGGAUAACAUCACCAAAGUAUAUCAGAGAGUGAAGUAUGAGGAGAGCGAAAUGGAGAUAGAAGAUGAGGUGGAUCUCCUAAUGUCAACGGAUAUUUUGGCGGCUCAAAUAAGCACCAAAAGCAUAUCUUUUGCCAGGGCUCAAAGUGGUUGGAUUUUUAGGGAAUUUAAAAAGGAAAUCGUCGCGGGUCAGUAUGAUAGCGAGUUGUACACUGUACACGGUUUAAUGCUGGAAAGUAGAAAAAGGAGGGAACAUUUAUCUUCUGAUGAUUUGCAAAAAAAUAAGGCCCUUUUAGAGAGUUUCACUAAAGGAGGGAAUAUGCAAAAUUUUGACCCCAAUGGAGCGCCCGUCAGAAGAUCAAGUUUAAGCCCACCGCCAAUUAAAAAUGUAACAUGGGAUCAAUAUAUAAACUCUGAAGCUAAUAAUUAUCCCAGAUUAGGAAGGGAUUUAGUUUAUAAGGAAUCAUCAAAAUCCUUUAAAGCCACCAUUGCAAUGAGCUCAGAAUUUCCUCUAUCCGUGGAAAUGUUGAUAAACGUUCUAGAAGUAGUCGCACCUUUUAAACACAUUUCCAAGUUACGGGAGUUUAUCACGUUCAAACUGCCGGCGGGAUUUCCCGUGAAAAUCGAAAUUCCAAUCCUACCAACCGUGACGGCAAAAAUUACAUUCCAACAGUUCGAUUUUAGGGAUGAUAUAUCGAAAGAAAUGUUCAUUACCCCAAACAAUUACAUAGAAGAUCCCACAAGAUUCCCAGACUUGUGACACCCUGAGUUGCUUACUUCGUUCGAGUUAAACUACACCCCUAAACCGCAAUUUUUGGCGCCGGGGGAAAAGUUGCGCGCCCCUGGGCGCCGAAGAGUCAUGGGCGCGCGCGGCGUAGAAAAAAAACGCCGCGAAAAUAACAAUAGUAGACAGUCUACUGUUAUUGUUGAGGUACCGAUGCUAUUUUCACUCGGUAGCAUCUAUAGCGCUAAUUGCUUGGUUUAUUUGGAAUGAUUUUGUUGCGGUGCGAUUUUAUUUUGAUUGUUUCAAGUAAUGAGAAGUGAAGUGGGUUAAAUUGGCUUCAAUUUGACCUAUGGUUCGUUUAUUUCGGUUGAAAAUUAAAAAAGAUACGGGGUGUUUAAGAUGGCGCUGUCAAAAAAAUGCUCUACUUUAUAUUUCUCCAAAUAUCUUUUGCACUGAGAAAUGUACAUUUUUGGCUUCACCAUAAAUUUAAAGCCCUUUUUUAAGGCUUUAAAAUGGUAUAUAAAAAUUAAAAAUCCAACAAAAGAGAAAAAAGUUAUUUCCUUUUAAAUCAGCUUAUGACAGUAAAACAAUUCUCAUUAUUUGAAACAUCUUAAUAAAAAUCGUUUUUUAAGUUGUUUUUUUUUUGCUGGCAUCAAAAUUGAAAAAAAAUAAAAUGUGAACAAUUUUUUAAGUAUUUAUAAUGACUUUUUAGUAUUUAUUAUAAUAUCUGUGAUUUCAUUUUUUUUUUAAUGCAAAAAAAUCAGAAUUACUAAUUUUUUUCGAGAUUUUUUUGUUAUUUUCCUGUAUAUUGGUGUUAAUGACUUAAAAUUCAGUGUUACCAACCUUAAUCUGGUGUAUUUCUGAAAUCCCAGAUUUUUUUUAGUAUUUUUAAUAAUUUAUGUAGUAAAAAUGUUAAUUGUAAAAAAGCGUGAAACAAUCUUAUUACAUAUCUAUGAAAAAACCCUGUUUUCAAUGUUUCUAAAAUAAUUUUCCCAUUUUAACCCAGUCACUAGUGAAUUUAUAAAAAAAAAUAAACAGUUUUUUGCGUAUAUCUUGCUUGAUGUACAUCGGAGGUAAAAAUGUUGUAUAUAUAAUUUGUAAGUCAUGAAUUUCUCUACAAAAAAUAUUUUAAGAAUUUUCACGUAAAAUUGAUCGUUACGGAUAUAUCGCGUUUCAAAAUAUUGGUGCCAUGACCAGGAUAGAUUUUGACCACUUAAUAUCUCCUUAGCGGUUCGUUUUACAAAAAAACUGAAUUUUACAUUUUUAUGUGAAAUUUUAUAACCUACAAAUUUUAUCAGUAACGUUUUAACAUCGGACCAAUAGCAAGCGAGAUACAAGCAAAAAACUGUUUAUACGACUGGAUUUUUUUCUAAUGAAUGAAUGAAAAAAUACUAUCCAACAUGUUGGAUAUAUUUUUUCGCUGUGUAUACAGGGUAUAAAAACCAUCCUUUUUAAUUAAAUUUAAAAAAAAUCGCUUCAUCUUUUUAAAGUAUUUUUAUGUAUUUUUUAUUUAAUUUAAUAAUGUAGUAGUCAUAAUUUAUAAUUUUUAUAUGUUUAAGGUGUGAAUGUUAAAAAAAAUGUUCCAUGUAUGUAUAUGUCUGAAAUAUUAUGAAUGUUAUUUAAAAUUAAAUAA